GCCCGGUAUUAAAAUUCUGAUUCCAUUAAACUCAAGCUCUGUUUCAGAAUCUAAAUACAAAGGGUAAUGAUUCGGUGUUCCUCAUUCGCCAUGGACCUCUUGGCCUGUAGAGGUCUGCUCUACACAGUGUUCAUACUGCAUUUCGUGUUCCUCUGUCAGCUUCUUCUUCUUCAACCUCUGGUGUCUGCUUUAGAUGGCAAACCAGGUAAUGCGGCUGAGUUGUUAGAGAGGGUUUCACAGAGUGUAAAGGUGAAGAGAUACAGUGAGGCACUUAAUGAUCUUAAUGCUGCCAUAGAGGCAGACCCAACACUUUCAGAAGCAUAUUAUCAUCGUGCGUCUGUUCUUCGCCAGAUAUGCAGAUAUGAGGAAUCAGAGAAUAGCUACAAGAAGUUCUUGGAGUUGAAACCCCGAGAUUCAGUUGCAGAGAAGGAGCUUUCUCAAUUGAAUCAGGCUAAGAGUGCUCUGGAUACUGCUUUGACUCUCUUUGAAUCAAGUGACUUUGCAAAAUCUUUGGAAUAUGUCGAAAAAGUUGUUCUUGUUUUCUCUCCAGCAUGUUCAAAGGCCAAAAUCCUGAGGGUGAAACUGUUGUUAGCAUCUAAAGACUAUUCUGGUGCCAUUGCGGAGGCUGGGUUCAUUCUCAAAGAAGAUGAAGAUAAUCUGGAUGCAUUAUUACUUCGUGGCCGUGCUUACUAUUAUUUAGCUGAUCACGAUGUUGCUCAAAGGCAUUACCAAAAGGGUCUCCGCCUAGAUCCAGAGCAUGGGGAACUAAAGAAAGCGUACUUUGGAUUGAAGAAUUUGCUCAAAAAGACAAAAAGUGCCGAAGAUAAUGAAAAGAAGGGAAGGCUGCGAGUUGCAGUUGAGGAUUUUAAGGCAGCCCUAGCAAUGGACCCUAAUCAUCUUGCACAUAAUGUACAUCUUCAUCUUGGCUUGUGUAAACUCUUGGUCAAGCUCGGCAGGGGAAAAGAUGCUCUAAGUAGUUGCAAUGAAGCACUUAGUAUUGACGAGGAGCUUCUUGAAGCCUUAGUUCAGAGGGGUGAAGCUAAACUUCUGACAGAGGAUUGGGAGGGAGCUGUAGAAGAUCUAAAAUCAGCAGCUCAAAAAUCACCUCAGGAUAUGAAUAUUCGAGAAACAUACAUGAGAGCCGAGAAAGCCUUGAAGAUGAGUAAACGGAAAGACUGGUACAAGAUUUUGGGAGUUUCAAAGACUUCAAGUAUAUCUGAGAUUAAGCGUGCCUACAAGAAACUUGCUUUGCAGUGGCAUCCAGAUAAAAACGUUGAAAAUAGAGAAGAAGCAGAGGAGAAAUUUCGAGAAAUUGCCGCUGCAUACGAGGUUCUUGGUGAUGAAGAAAAACGUACCAAGUAUGAUAGAGGUGAAGAUAUUGAAGAGAUGGGGAUGGGCGGCGGCGGCGGUGGUGGUUUUAAUCCUUUCCAUGGUGGCGGUGGACAGCAAUAUACUUUCACUUUCGAAGGUGGCUUUCCUGGGGGCGGCGGUGGAUUUCCUGGUGGAUUUGAUUUCCAGUUUUGAUUUUUUCUUUUAACUGAAGAAUGGCUUCCUUCUGUCCAGACGCUUGAGCUAACAGAGUGCUAUAAAUUUGUGUCAUUCUAUGGGAGCUCCCGAUCCAAUACGACUAAUCGCUGACAGGUGGUGUUACAUGGAUUUUUAUCCACCAGGAAUUACAAUGCUCGAGUCUGGAGCUUCUAUUAGUUCAUCAAACGAAAUGGAUUUGGGUCCAUAUCUGUAUAUGUUGAAUGUACCUUUCUAUGUUCAGACCAG